GAACCCACUCACAUUGAACUUCCGGGUUCUGAACGGGUUGCAGUUCUACUCUGGGUCCAUAUGAGGGCGCUCACAGGCGGAGUGCAGAAUGAAUGAAUGUUGUUUUCGAAAGAAGAUGCAAAGAAAUGACACAUUACUCUGUGUUUGAUUUUUUUAGAGUCACUUAUUUGCUUUAAAAAGUCUUUUAAAAUGUCAAUGACGGACGCCGCGAAAUUUUAAAACAUCACUGUUUUGAAAAUACUACUGCUCCAAAGUGGCCAAUAGGGCAACUAUGUAUUUAUUAUGUCAAUGCUUGUGUGCUCUGCACUUUCUUUCCUCUUGAGGCAUCGACAACACAGCUGACACAGGUAAAUACAUGUGUGUGAGAGUUUUAGUCCUGCUUCGGAUGCCACAAUGCCAUCAAGAGGUAUCUCUGGACGUAAUCAGUCCUUCACUGACCAAUCAGCGGAAUGCUAGCGUGUUAUGGGCAACAUCAACUCAACCUCAUCAACGGAAGUGACGGAGUGCUUCCGCGACGCAAGACGUUAGCCGCGCUUAUCCGGGAAAAUUCAAACGAGUUUUUAUGGAUUUUUGCUGAAAGCAUGGACCACAACGGGUCUGUAAACAGUUAGACUAUCUUUCCUCUUACUCAACAACAAUGUAUCAUCAACAACUACAAGACUAUUUCAUAGCUCCUGAAGUCCCUAAGCCUGGUGACAUGAUCACCCCUGUCAAAACCAUAUCAAAAACAGCUCACAAUUGGGCCACUGGGUCAGGCAGAAAGAAUUCAAACAGAGACGUGUUGGUGAUGAACUCCACUGCACAGAGUGCUGAAGAAAACAGCCCAAAUAUCCCCUGCGAGCUCAGCAGUAUCAAUGCCACGUCAGAGGUUGUAACCCCUCAAGACAAGGCUAACCUGAUGCUGAAGAGGUGUAAUGAGACGCCAGCAAAGAUUUUUGCAAGAAUGAAGGCAAAAGUUCAGAGACAAAAUUCUGCUGGGCAUGGGGCAGCCUCUGAUCAUGUAAGAAACCAGGAUAUCUGUGGUGAUAUGCUUUCAAACCGUGUGAUCCAGUACUCGCAAAAGAGAAACGCCAACCAGGAGACAUAUGUGUUAGCCCCCUCACCUCCACAGUCGCCAAGAGGAGAUGUGCAGGCUGGAGAAAUGGACUUUCCACAGGAAAGUCAUUCCAUCAAUGUUUAUAAAGAUCCUGGAAGAAAAAAUGAAACUUUUAAUACUGAGUCACGGCCAUUUAUUGAGCCAUGUGUUUUACUGGAGAAGAUGCCUGGGGAAAUGUUAUCCGUGAUGAAAGCAAGGCUGAAGCAAAUGCCAGAGAAUCUAAACAGAAACAGACAGCCUUGUGUGCUGUUGGAUAAGGUGGUUCCUGAUGAGACAUUAGCCCAGCUUCAGCAGAAGCCCAUCAAUUUUCUAAGUGGAAAUAGAGGUGGUUGUGUUGUAAUUCGUGAGAAGAGCAUUUGUGUAGAAAAAGACAACGAGAAAGACCUCCAUAAUGACACGUCCAGGAGUCCUGAGUCUGGUCUUGAUCAGUCGGAGUGCACAGAACUCCCUGGACCCCCUCAGCCCUCUCAUAAUCUUCUGGAAGAUCCUCUCCUGCAGCUUUCUCCUCGCGUCUUUAUCCCACGAAAGCAAGUGUCUGUGUUUCAGUCAAAACAACAAUCUAGACAAGCGACUAUAGCGCUAGAUGAAGGAACCAAUGUGAAGGGGAUUCAUUUAAGAGAAUGGGUUUUGAAACUGCUCAACAAAGACCUUGUGGUUGAUGGUAUUCGCGUAGACACUAUGAUACCUUGGCACAGCAGUUUCAUCACUGAAAGAGUCUCAAGUAAUGUGCUCAAGACCUCAUCUGGCAGAACCUAUGUGCUCAUUGGGAAAAUGGCCAAACAUCCCAAGUCAUCAUUUCCAUCAUGGUUUUUGAAGAAGUUUCUGUUUGGGUUUCCAAGAAUGUGGAAAGAGUACCUUGAUCAGUUUUUGAGUGGUCAUAUGGGAUCACAGAAAGGUCAGAAAGAUGACAGCUGUGCAAAACCUCCCAAUGCAAGAAAUCAACAGGCUUCUAAAAACUCAACAUCCAAACAUCCCAAGAUUCAAGGCAUUACAACCUCUCCCAUCACGCCCACUGACAGCAUUCAGCCGAGCAGCGCAAAAGUUUCCCGCAGUGGCCGACUCAUCAAACCGCCACUGGAAUACUGGAAAGGAGGGAGGAUUGUUAUGGACUCUGAAAUGAAUGUCACCAUCCAUGAAGACUACUCUAAAUCACUGAUGUCCACGCCAAAGAAGCCGGUAACUCUGGCAACAUCACAAAUCACAGAGGAACUAUCUUCCAGGCCUGAAACUCGGGGAAGAGGGAAAUGUAACACAUCUAGCAGUGAAGAUGACCUGUCAGUGCCAAUGAGGAAGAUUAAACGGCAUUCCAAGCCCCAAAGGAAUGCCCCAUCUCAAAGCAAUCAAAUAGAGAGCACCUCACUGAAUAAACCUACAAGAGCUCAGAGAGGAUCCCUGGUUGUGCCCCCCAGCUCGGAUUCAGGUCAUGCGGUGAAACAAAAAGCUGGUCGACCUCAAAGAGCCUCUCUGAGAAAACAACAAUUUGGAGGAGAGGAAGCCACUGUGGGUUCUGGAUCAGAAAUGACAGAGAACACAAAAGUUGAUGCAGUGAACGCUAAUUUCUCACUUGGAGAUGGAGGUAUGUCAUAUGAUGAACAGGAAACAGGCAUUGAGAGUGAUUCCAAGACAAAGCCCAACAGAAAGCCUUCCCAAAAACGAAUUCAAGAUGAACCGGAAUCCAUGGCAUGCGAUAACAUUUCCUUGCGCCGAAGCUCUCGCUUAAGCUCCAGAGCCCAAUACACUACUGACUCAAACAGCUCUUUUGCAUCUCCAGACCCUCCAAAAAGGCAAAGAGGAAAACGGUCUACAGACUGUAAACGGCUAACAAAACCUCAUAAGAGUGAGACCUCUGUGCCGCAAGUCUCCACCAGUCAUAAGGAACAAAAUGAACAAGGUUCUCGUAGAGCGAAAAAGGUCUCGCUGAGAAAUUCGGAUGAUGUUUUGGCAGGAGAUUCUAUUGAUUUUUCCAUAGAUGGUGAUGAUGAAGAGAGACGGCAACACGACAAAAAGGCCACGUUAUUGUUGAAGAGGACAAGACAAAGGAAAGGUAAAUCUGAACUUAAAUAUAAGGGACACCUGGUUUCCUCAGAGGACGCAUAUUCUGAGUACUCGGAGGAUGAGGAAAGUGUUCAACGUGCUGUUUCAAAUAACAGAAGAUCAAAGAAAUCUGAAACGGGACAAGCAAACACGAAAAGCAAGAAGCCACACGCAGAAAAGGGCAAUACGAAUGAACAAGAUGAGUUAUUGGAUGGGAAAUGGACUGAAGAAGAACUACAAAAACUACACAAGGCUGUCAACUUAUUACCCAAGCAUAAGAGCGGAUACUGGGCCAACGUUGCAUAUGUUGUUGAAACUCGUUCGGCUGAAGAGUGUCAGGAACAGUAUAAUGCCAAUCAGAAGACCAACAAAAGACCCAGUAAAAAAGCAUCAAAGAAACCAGCAGCAACUGAGGAACCAGGAAAGGAAAUAGUUGAAAUAACUGCCAAAGCUGGAACUCUUAAAAGGAGACAGCAGAUGAGGCAUUUCUUGGACCACAUGCCUAAAGAUGACCAUGAUGAUGUGUUUACCAGCUCACCAAUGCACAAUAAACAAAUCAAGUUGCCUGUAUUUGCUGCAAAUGGAGAUGAUGCGGAUUUCAGCCAGCUCCAGAACCCUCAGACGCCGAGUUCUUGCAACUCUACCACUGCUAAAACCCCUCAGUGUUUGCAUAUUAGCCCAGGAAUGCUGGGAUCCAUCAAUAAGAAUAACAUGGACAAGUACAUUUUUCAUCUUCAGAAGAAACAAAAGGGACAGAAACGAGGCAAAAAGCCUGCACCAAUGGACAAGCUUACACCAAUUCCAGCAGUCAAGAAGACCCUAAAGAGAUGUGUUGCUGCUGAAGAUGAUGACUUUGUGGUGUGGAAUAUGCUCUCAGAAAAGGAUAACCCAUACAGAGCUGAUGACAGUGAUGAGGAGGAUGAUUAUUUUAUGGAAUACUGCUGAGUUUCAAUAUCAUUGUUUAGCAUUUGUAAAACUUACAAUCAGCUAGUUUCAGUGCUGUUAAUCACAUUAUUUUACAAUAUUUUAUCUUCUAUUUGGUAUCCGGAUGUUUUUAAGCUCGUCUUGCUUUGUUAGAUGCCAAGGCUCAUGUUUGCUAAAGCUCUUCAUAGCUUAUACAUUUUAAAAGAAAAGUGCUUUGUUUUUGGCUAGUUCAGAGUUUAUCAAUGGAUUGUAAUUUUUUUAAUUUGGAAUUCAUCAACAAUCUGUGGAUGUUAUACAAUUAAAUUCGAAUUAAAGAAGAUAAACAACUCAGUAUAAAGUGCAAAAGAAAAAAGUUUUAAUGAAUCCUCAAUGAAAAUGCAAAAUUUUUAAUGGAUUUUAUUUGAUAGUAUUAUAUUGUAAAUAAAUAUAAGCAAAUACAAUGUAUAAACUAAUAAAACAGUUACAAUUUAA